UAUUCCGUUGGCAUGGUGAGUCGCUUCAUGGAAGCACCCACGAUGGAGCAUUGGGCAGCUGUGGAAAAUAUACUCAGGUACAUCAAAGGGACAACAAACUUCGGUUGUGUCUAUUUGAGAAAGAAGAAGAAGGAGAUGGUGGAGCUACUUGGCUACAGUGAUAGCGACAUGGCAGGAGAUGUGGACGACCGUAAAAGUACGUCGGGCGUGGCAUAUUUCUUGGUAGAAAGCAUAGUGAGUUGGCUAUCACAAAAACAGAAGGUGGUCGCAUUAUCAUCUCAUGAAGCGGAGUAUAUUGCAGCUGCAACCGCGGUGUGUCAAGGCGUGUGCCUUGGAAGGCUACUCAGUGACCUCACAGGUAAGGAACCAGAACGAGUGGUGCUCAAUGUUGAUGACAACUCUACAAUCUCUCUGUGGAAGAAUCCAGUGCAUCAUGCUCGAUGCAAGGACAUCGAUACGAGAUAUCGCUAUCUAAGGGAAUGUGUGGAAGAAAGCAAGAUCGACAUCAACUAUGUUUGCACCGACGACCAGCUUGCAGAUAUCCUAACUGGAUCUUUGGGACGACAGAAGUUCGUGAAGAUGCGGCAAAGGAUCGGUGCUCAAGCUAUGAAGUGA